UAUGCAUAGCAUUUUCAAUGAUUUACUUUGUGUCUUUCAGAAAGAAGAGAUCAAUAAUUGUACAGUGUUAUAAUACCUAGAAAGAGAACAUUUGUGACAUACCAGUUUUUAAUAAGUAAAAACCUAGAAGCAGAGAACAAUUACUAUCUCAUUGAUAUCUUGAGAUUUGUGAACUUGAAGAACAUUGAUUCCUGUUGCAAACUCCCCCACUGUAUUUAAGAAUAUAUCAUUUACCACUGUUAAGGACAUUUAUGGAAUCAUAAGUCUGUCUGCUAGAUCAGGGACAACUUGGAGCUAACGAUAAAGAUAGUAAGGUACUAUCUGGAUUAUUCCUCUCCUGUCUAACUUGCAAGAUUCAAUCAGAAGUACACAGAAACCAAUAAGCUAAAUAUAAGUUUAAUUUAGAGACAAUGAAGGAAGCUGAGUAAGUGUGGGAGUGAGAGGAGGACAUGUAAGGCUAUAGUGGGAGAGGGGGAAUUAAGAGAGGGUUAGUGAAAGAAGCAAACAGCGAAAGAACGGUACAGUAAGAUAGUGAGAGAAAAGGACAGUGAGAGAAGGGAACAGUGUGAGUGUGGGAAUAGUGAGAGAGAGAGGUAGUGAAAGGGGAUGCAACAACAGAAAAGUUCAAUGCCAGAGAGGGAAGGAGAGUGAGAAAGGGGAACAGUGAGAAAGGGGACAGUGCAAUAGUGGGACUGUGAGUAGAGACAGUAUGAUUGAGGUACAGUGAAAGAAGGGGGCAGAGCAAGAGAAAAAGAAAGAACGAGGGAGACAGAGAGAGAGAGAGAGCGAUAAAGAGAAAGAGUGAGAACGAGAGAGAGUGAGAACGAGAAAGAGAGAGAGAGAGAGAGAGAGAGAGAGAGAGAGAGAGAGAGAGAGAGAGAGAGAGAGAGAGAGAGACAGAAACAGAGAGUAAAAUGUGUAGCAAUAUGGAGAUCAUGAGGAAUCCGGAGGAGGUACCAGACAAUAAUGAUUCAGCAACCAACGAAAUAUCUGACUCACCAAAGAAAAUUGCUUCUCGACAAAAAUUGCUUAUAACGGCACUGUUGCUAUCUCGUUUGAUAUCUGCUUCGGUGUUCCCUCUACUAGAAGUUAACUAUCCAGUUGAGGCUAAACGUCAUGGAAUGAACAAUACUUUAAUCAGCUUGCUGUUUGGUGUUUAUCCACUCAUGAAUGUAUUGGGUCCACAAAUGGUCAAAAAAAUGCUCUAUCAUUUUGAAUUAAGACAUAUCUUAUAUGUUGCAACAGCAUUUUCUGCCAUGAACACAGUUUUUUUGGGGUAA